UGCACCGGCAGAAAGCGCGACGCAAAGUGUUUUUGCUGGUUUCCUAGUUUUAUACCAGCGCAUUCCUCAUUUACACUUAUUAUAUUAUAUAAUUGUCUUGCAGUGUCUCGUUUUAUCUCGCACGACUGUAUGUCGUAUAUUGUACGUUCUCCGUUUCCAGUUUCUAUUUCGAAGAAAAGGCCUGUAGUCCUGAUAUUAUCGGGUAUUCAUAGUGUUAUAUGUAGUAAAUAAACAGAUAAUGUAUUUCCGGGCUCUCACUUUAACUACCCUUGUGUGCUGUAUCGGAGAUCUUUGUGAUGGGAGGGAGGUGGUCUUUGGAAAAGUAGGAGGAGAAGUUAAACUGAAGCCCACUGUGAACCAGCCCAUCUUCAGCAUCACAUGGAAAAGUGGCCUGAACAAAGCAGCAGAGUGGGAAACAGGUCAAUCAACGCCUGAUUAUUAUACCAUAUGUAAACCCAGACCAAGGUGUCAACUGAAUACUGCAACUGGGGAGCUUAAAAUUAUGCAUUUAACGCUGAAUGAAAAACUGGAUUUAUCUGCUGAGAUCAAUGGAAUGGCAGCUCAGUCAUUUUUUACAGUGAUUGCACUUGAACCAGUGUCCAAACCCAGUGUCAAGAAAAUCUGCGAAAAUACCCAGUGUACUUUGGUCUGUGAGGGAACGGACACCACAUAUACCAAGUACUCCUGGAAGAAGAACAAUGAGAUGGUAGCAAAUGUUGCCACAACACUCCAUGUUCAGAAGAGUGACAAGCUGGAUAAAAGCUACACAUGUGUGUUCAGCAACCCUGUGAGUAUGAUGGAGGUCACUGUGAAGGAAGUGGAUUUAUUUCCAGGUGGCUCCAGCGGUGGGCUCAUCGCAGGUGUCGUUUCAACAAUAAUUUUCGUAGCAGCUUUCAUGACACUAUGCAUGACCACCUGAAGAGGAACCGCACAGGCGCUGUUCAGGAUGAUGGCCGGACCGCUACAGUAGACAAAACCACCCUCAGUGCAGUCAAUUCAUGUUCAUUAAAUUAACAUUAGAACAGAGAGCUUUUUAAUAUCUUUUGUAGCUGCUAAAUACUUAUUAAAGCCAUAUAGUUGUCUGCCUGUUACGUUAGAAUCUUCAUUGAAUAAGUGUUUGUAAAAAUGAGUGUUACGUGCCGUAAGUUUGGGUCACGUGCAGUAAGGGAUAUGUGCCGUAAGUUUCAGGUACGUGCCGUAAGUUCAGGAGGAUGCCUACAGGUUCUUCGGACGUCCUGCCCACUCGCCAAUUGGUCAACUGCUUCCUCGACUCCGCCCUCUGGACCUGACUCCGCCUCCCUUGCCUUCGGAGCAGUUUCCGGUUCGUCGGCUGAAGAGAUUGCCGCUUUGUCCCUUCUUCGGCCCGCUAUUUGCUUCACGCCUGCUAGCUCGCUCUUCGUUCGCUUUGCUUUUUGUAUGACUGCUUGUGUAUGAGCUUCCGGGAUAGGCUCCGGACCCCCCGCAACCCAGUAGGAUACGCGGGUUGGACAAUGGAUGGAUGGAUGGAUGGAUGCUUGUGUAUGAAUGUUUUGUUCUUGACUUCCGAUUUUCGCCUCAUCCCUUAUUGUACCUUCGCCCUGGUUUUGACUGUUUGCUUGGUUUUGAACACUUUAUAAUACUGUUCCGUAGUUAACAGGUAAAUAUGCAAGAAGUAAGCAGCAACAAAGGAGUAGUGCUUCAUUAACACCUAAAUUGGUAUUAUUAACUACUAAGGAAUGAUGUACUGUACAUGCAUGCAUCUGCUCACUAUCUACGCAUGUUAGAUAGUGUAUAUCAUGGAGCACUGAGGUUUAUUUCAAACAGCGGUUCUCUAACUCAUCACUGUGUGCUUUAUGCCAAAGUAAAUUGGUCUUCAUUACAAUUUCCUUCCUACUUAUCCUCACUCCUGACCUGGAAGCAAGGACAUCAUAAUCUUCGCUCGAUGGACUUUCAACAUCUGGUUGUUCCUAAAGUAAGAACUGAACUGGGAAAGAAAGCCUUCAGGUUUUCAGCACCUUACACAUGGAACAGACUUCAAGCUGAACUCCGUCUGCACAACUUAAUACCCCAGAAGGAAUUUAAAACUCUUGUAAAGACUCUGGAGACUAGGUUGUCUGUAUGUAAAUGUAUAUUCUGAUUAUGUUUUUGUAAUAUUAAGUAAGACUCUGCACUAACACUGUGUUGCUGCUACCUUGGCCAGGUCUUCCUUGAAAAAGAGAUCUGUGAUCUUAAUGGGACAAACCUGGUUGAA